UGACCUCAUAGUCGUCAUGAAUUCACUGUAUUGGCGAAGAGACUUUGUUGGUUUCAGCAAGUGAAAACCUUUUGAUUGAAAACAAUUUUAACUCGAAGAAAACAAGUGGUUUAAAGCCAAACAUUUAGGCUUACAUUCAAGUAAACAAUCGCCAACGUUGUUAAUUGAAUUGAUGAAAUUAUCCAAUUUGCUGGUUUCCUCGGUUAAUUGCCAGAACUCCAGGGACAUAAGAUGACCGAUUUGUAUGUAUUUCUGUUGUACCUUUCCUGCAUUGGAUCGACUGUUCAUGGACAACCUAAUCAGUUCCUACGUAUAUAUCGAGAAAAAAUUCAUCCAGAAGACGACAUUCAGCUGCCUUCUGUACAAAGCGAGUGUCCCACUGAAACGAAUCCCCUUUGCGAUAAAUAUAAUGCUCGAAAGUUCGAUCUCACUGUUAACUGCUUGUGUCAAUGCAAUCAACCUCCAGGGAAGUACACUUUCUUCGAACCUAACAACUCUUGCAUAAGAGUAAGCGAGGCUCGUCAGCAAGCAGGUAAGAAUUGUUUUUGUUUUUGUUUGCCGUACUUAUGACCAGGUAGAAGUCUGAAAAUCGACGUCAGCGAUUAAGUCUGUUUUAUUUAACAGGAAAAAAGGUUAGGAAACUUUUGUCUCCGUCUAUUUUCAAAAAAUAAUUCUCCUAUACCGAAAGCUUUGAAUUAAAGCUUUAAUUUAGGUGUUUUUCCUUCCAUUCAAAGACUGCUUCCAAGAGACCGACAAUUUUUCUUCUGAGGUAGGAUAGGGUGGUUUCGUUGUGGUUUAUGGUAAAUUGAUGGUAUGUAUAUGCAAGAUUUUGUUUUCCGUUACGUGUCACCUAACAGGUUAUUAAGUUUCUUUCAACACCGCGUUCACAUAUUAACCGGUCGCUAACUAAAACAAAUGUUCCAACGAAUUCCGCUCUUUGCCGUUCGUAGCAUCGAUUAACACAUAAUAACUUCAAUAAAGUGAUACACGUGAAAAGUACAUUAACUGUUGAUCAACAAACUUUUUAGCUCUCGUUGUUCAACAAGUUGAAACUUGUUGAGCGUUGAGCCGAGUAGAGCCCAUUUCGGCUAUUUUCGUUCAAUCGGUUCAACAUUUCGUUCAGCUUGUUUGAUCGAUUACUUAUGUCAACAAUUAACCCCCCCGAGCUUUAGCUCUAAAACAAAGAAAAUAAAGGGAACACACGAGGCAAGCAAGGAAUUUUUUAAACUCGGUAAGGUUCGAACCAACAAUCUUCGGAUUGGAUCUACCCUCGCUCUACCGACAAAUUACAAGGCCUUUCUGUAGCAAGUUAGGGGUAAUCAGUUUUGGUUAAUUAGCAUGCUCAAUGCAGACAUCGGCAUGGAAAACGCACUGAUAUUCAACCGACAAAUAUUAAUUUAGAAGAGCGGGAUAAAUUUAUGAAGGAUAAUUAACUGACUUCGCUACCUGAUUUGUUCAAAACUAUGGUCCAUAUCUUUCUGUGUAAAAAAGAACAUAAACUUGACAGAUAUUGAGUAUAAUCAAUAUUGGAUAUAACAGAAUUUGUUUUCCUCUCUCUUUCGCACAUCUUUUUUCUCAAAACUUGGCCGCAUUCGCUUGCGGCUCGUGGUUCCAAUUGACUUUUGAACUACUUCUACGUCAUUUAUAAUAAUGCCAAAAACGUAGCUAAGAGGGUUAACCUCUUUUCAGCCCGCAUAAAUGAUAAAUGGGAUGCAAAAUGAGCCACGCGUAAAGGCUUAUGAAAAUUUAGACAUUUCUUUGACACUUGAAAAUCAAGAGAAUUUCUGGCAAACCCGUUUACUGUGACUAGCCUGUGUACAGCCUCCCUGACCGAUUAGGAUUAUUUUCUAAAAGAUUAUUAUUCGGUGUUUUAUAGGUAAACACAGAUCCUAGCAAUGCUUGAUUUGUACCAGUUCUAAAAUAAUAUCUAUUACGAAAGGAAGCUGUCUUAAUAGAGUACAUAUAAAAUGACGCUAUUCAUUUUAGUCUAUUCGCCUUAAAAAGACAUUGAUGAAGGAGAGUACCUUAAAAAGAUUUUAAAAAAUGUACUGAUUACUAUGAAUUUUUUCAUAUUUCUUCCCCCUUUCUUGAACCACAGGAUGCGACUUGCUUUUUACCGACGAGACAGUAACUGGCCACAUAACGUUCUUUUCCCCAAAUGGUCCAAAUGAACCUUCAAAAUCCAUCGGUCUUCCGACCAACAAGACUUGCAGCUUUAACUUUUUGGGAAAACUUUAUGUUCAAUACUUGGACUGCGCUGGGGACUGGAAAGAGGUACCAUCAGACGAAGUGAAAGCUGACUGGGAGCUUACAACUGGCUGGGCAACAAAUCAGUUGCAAAUAUUGGUAAGCACAGAAAACGAACAGCGGCUGAACUACCACUCUAUAGUGGCGGCCGCAAAUUAUAUGAACCUCGUCUCUCGACAGUUUUAAUGUUGCUGUGGGUCCUCUUAUUGCACUCAAAUAGGGGAACUUCAGAGAACAAAACAAUCCACACCCCUCUCCCCUCCUCUCCAUUCAAAGUCGUUUUCUACAUGUAGCUCGAACAGUGGGAUAACAAAAUGGAGGGAAUGGGGGAGGUCAAGAUUUAAUUUCCGCUUUCGAAGACGGUAAAAGAUCAGAAAGUCCCUUUAAUUAGGGUAAAGUGUCUUAACUUAUUUUGUUGCCAAUUAUUGGUACUGUGAUAUUGAUAUGACCAAGUGCAACAUCGUUAAUUUAAGAAUGAGUUUCAUUUACACGACAGCAUGAAAAUUAUGAUACCCGUCCAGAAUCUUCGCACUUGAAAAUAGAACUCGGAAAUGGCCAAUGUAUAUUUAACUAUGCUGAGCGAUCGCAACCGCUUUAACACAAAUUCGUUUGCUAUACCAAAGUACUCUGGCUCGCUUAAAUGGCAUUUCAUUUUUACGCUAGACUCGUUUAACGUCUGACACUUUAAAGUCCUCUGUUAAGUGCCACAGAACGGGCUUACUUUGAACCUAUUAAUCGUUAUUACACUAGACAUUUAAGUUGUCUUAAAAGGACUUCAAUGUCUCAGACCACUUUUAGGCCUGUAGCACAAAAACGGCCCUAAAAAAUCUCUAACUGUUUCGAUUUGUCCAAUACACAUAUCACGGACUGAAAGAUGGGUAUGGAAAUUUCCAUCGUGACAAAAAUCCCGUGAAAUAAUCCUGUGCUGUAUUUUCUCAAACAGGUCAAAAGAAAUAUUUCAAAUUUUAUGAACUCAACCAGGGGAAGGAUCUUCAGAGUAGCAGUUCAGUGUCGUGAUCUGAACAGCAGCAACCAAGACGUAGGAAACAGCACAUGCGCUAUGUUCAAAGUGGAAGGAGGACCUUAUUUCUGUAAGAAAAUUCACAUUUGCGCAAUGUAGUUCAGACUACUAUCAACGACUCACUUUAGAGAGCUGGUUUCAAUUACAAACUUAGAACAAACGGUACUGAAUCGUAGUCAACAGUGCAAAUGACUUAUUGACGGAAUCAAGCAAAACUAACUACGAGAGAACGACUGGACAACUGACAACUUGACUAACAAUAAAUGACUGUUUAACUGUGACAAUUCUAAUUAUAUACGGACCGAAACGCAAAAAUGACAUUACGAGUCUUUAUGGCUAAUGACAUGACGACCUAACUGACAGGUCACGACCUUCUGUUAGUGACAUGUCCAAAACAUCCCGUAUGUCCCUUUCCCAGUGCCUUCUCGGUCUUCCUCUUUCUCAUCUCCCAUCUAUCUUUCUCUCCAAGAUGAUCUUUCUCAAGCCCUCACUUCUUUUCAAAAUUAUGGCCAAAAUACUUCAGCUCUUGUUUUUUCAUAAAGAUCUCUAACGAUUGACCUUGUUUUGUGCUACGAUCACGAUAUUUUUAAAUUUUCCCAAAGUACCUCAUUUCAAAAGCGUUAAUUAAGGCUGUUUUUCCAAGUGUCCACGUGCUCACAGGCAUAUGUAGCCAUGAGGAAAACGCACGUUAUCAAAAUUCUUAGUUUUGUUUCUACAGAAAUUUACAAUUUACUACUGGCUGUAAGCUGAGAAAGUUAAUGUCAGUGACUGGAACAUUUUAUAACUUUCAUUGUGAUAUAGCUGGAAAUGUUUUCUUAACAGCGUGCAUUCUCAUUGGUUACUUCGAGGUUACAUAACAUCUAACAAUGAAACUCUUUCCCGUUCACACCAGAAUUUCUGACCGCGCAACAUUGCAAAAUCUAGGACGUCAGAGGGUAACAGGACACCGUUACUCGCAAAUGUUGACCAACGACCACCAUUGCAGGGCGGUUUAAUGAAUUUCCAGCUUCAAAAUUUCCAGUUAUAGAACAAAUCACUUAAAGACUGGUCCCUCGGGAAAUAUUGAGAUUCUCGGGAAAUAAAAUUAACUGUUUCCCUUGCGACCAGUGAUUAACUGUUUAAUCCUUUUUAGGUCCAUUUCCUCAACCAGCUUCAUCAGGACAGUCAGCUACAUUACCGCCACCAACAGAGGAAAUAAUAAAUGCCACAGGAGGGACACUACGUCCCCCACCCACCCCUACAGAACAACUAUCGUCACAAAGCACUGGAAGCGUCACAAGCGAAGUAAGUAUCUGAAGUCCACGAAAGUGAACAUUCUUCUUCCUUUUCUGACUAAUAUCAGUGUGGCUAUUGAACUCACUGCAUUUAACCAAAAAAAAAAAGUGUGUAGAGUGGUAACUGUUCCUUGGCUAUGCUAAACUAAUAUAUUGACUCUGAUAAAAUGUGGCAAUUUUUUUUUUCAACUAUAUUUUAAUAACCAGGGGUAGAAAAAUGGAUUGUUCACUUACAACAAUUUUGAAUGAAUGUUCGAGUAUGUCAUUAAAGCGUGUGAAAUGGUCUCAUAAACACUCCUUGUGUUGAAAUCUCAAUAGCCAUUGAUAGGUACACAAUUGACGAAUGAAAUUAUUGUUUUUAGUUACAUCUCAGACAGUUUCCAGCCGGAGUUUUUGGUGGAUUUAAAUGAUUCAAAGUCAUCAAUGAUUCAAGUCAGAGAGAGCAUUUUGUCCCCUUCUCCCCUCCCCUUCUUCUUUGGGGAGUUUUUUUCCUUUUUUUCUUUUUCAUUUGUUGAUGACUAUUUUCACUUGUUUAUAGGAAACACCAUCUCCUCAAACAACAACUCAGGUGAAUCACUUGAAUAAUUUUCAGGCACUGAGCUGGAAAUACAUUCACUACAUUUCAUCUUCCAUUCUGUAAUGUUAAUAAUUUAAAGUUUACAGGAGGUCUCCUUUGAAUAACAGAGUGAAAUGAAAAUCAGCAUUGCAUAAUUUAUAUUUUUUUUAAUUAACGAAAGGAAUUUUUAUUAGACUUGAAGGUAACAUGGUAUAUCUUUUCGUUGUGACAAGCCUAGUAUAUUCUUUAUGGCGGUAUAACAACAACUGUAAUUCAUGAAAACGAGGCCAAUACGUGACCGUUUACAACGUAUCAAUAUUGACAAAUAUUGUCACACAAGCAGGGCUGCAAAUAACGGACAACAGGUUGCCGGUCAUGAUGACCGGCCAAAUAUUUUUUAGCCCGGACAAACCCCGAUUCUGGCCGGUCAAAUAAUGAAUACUAAUAAUUUUUUUUUGCCUAAGGAAUAUCCAAUUAUGCUGGCAAUAGAUCGUUAUUACUACAUUGACGUUCACAUUUUUGACAGCAAAUUAGUGAAAAAUGCAUUCGCACGUUGUAGAGUUUCCUCGUUCUACCUUGAGUAUCAUUGCAUGGCGGUGUCUGAAGUCUAGAGGUAAAAAGUGAAGCGUAAAUCCUUUUCAAACUCCCAAAGUUCAGGAAACGGAAAACACAUACAGUUCAGCAAACUUUAGAAAUUACAAAAAAAAAAAAAAAAAAAAAUUGGGUUAUUUUACAAAAUCUGCACACGCUUGUUUUACGGUGAUGUUCCGAAAUGAACAUCGGUGAAACUUGAUCUUUUUCCUUGCCUGGCACGUGAUCGAAAGUCACUUCUUCAAAGAAGAAUCGUCGCUGAUAUUUUCGACAAAGAAGUUGAUUUGCAUUGGCGAGAAGUUUGUUCCACAAACGGCGUGUUGAUGAUCAGAAGUCAAUUAAUAAAUUUGGGUCAUCGCGCAACAUUUUAUCGCGAAGGGCUCAAAUGUCAACAGAAAUUUGCAUAAAGUUGUUUACAAGAACGAGAAUCUAGCGCCGCGAUAGACGACGACCUUCCCUCUUGAGUAGUUUAAAUUUUUAUCAGACCAUUCUGGAAUCGAGUCUGCAAACGAGAUUCAUGUUCGACAUAAAAGAAAUUAUUAUUAAUCGAUGCGCUAACAUUUAUUCCCGGAGAAACACAGGACGACCUGUUGAGAAUUGCGAUCGAUUUGCCUGAAUUCCUUCGAAUUCCCAAAGAAGGUCACAUUGCUGAUUACAGCAAAGACUUGCAACGUUGGGUUACUUUCCAACUCAGUUUGUUAUUCACUUUGCUGCGUUAGAUUACGACAUGACGACAUGAAAUUAAUUUAUUGCGGCGUUCUUUUUCUUAGAAGGGUUUAGUGCAAAGCAGCGAAAAACGCCAAAGAAAAAAGAAAUCAUUGCAGCGUUAUAGAGCAUUAAGCGACAACUGUAUGGAAAAUAAAGUGUUUGUAUCCAAAAAUGACCGGUCAAAAUGACCGGCAAGACCGGAGUUUGACCGGUCAAGUCCGCGAUCAGGCCGGACAUUGUCCGUUGACCGGCCGUUAUUUGCAGCCCUGCACAAGUGGUGGGAGGAGGGGGCAGGAGAGUAGCUUUCAAACUGUGAAGCCAAUACAGCCUAGAUCUGGGAAUCACUAAUCUCCUUUUGCCGUCAACACCCAUGUUUAUAGUUUAUACAGUUUUGCUUAUCCGAUUGGUUAAAUAGUUAUUGUGUUUUAUCAUUUUGUAGACGACGCCAAGCACCACAACAAAGGUAGGUCCUAUAGUAAUGCAUUUGGAGCAUAAAAGUAUAAAAGAGUAUAAAAGAGUAUAAAAGCAGCUUAUUUAGGGGAAUUGAAGCAGCUAAGACAGGAAAAAAAGGCCAGUGAUUCAACAGUUGUUCAUAGUAGCAUCCCAUCCCACAACAAGAUUUGCCAAUCCAAAACCUUCCGAAUUUAAUCAUUAUGAAUUAUCUAUCAUAAAAUUUAUAAAUGCAGAGACUAACAAUCACUUAUACAUGCUGAUUUUGCCAUGGCUUGCUAAUUCAUUCAAUAACUUUGAUUUAAAAUUGCCGCAUAGAAAAUUGCAAACAAAUGUAAGAAAAUUUCCCUUACCGCGUAAAAAAUUGUCCUCUUGCCUCUCAACCGUAACUUUGUUCCAUGUUUAUGUCAUUGUGUCUCUCUUUGAACAGUCUAUUUUCCAAAUAUACUGUGGACAGCGCCUUCCCAAAUUAAAGCCAUUGGAAAUUUGUUCUUUUCAUUCUCACUACGGCACAAACAGCCAAAAAGAAGUCCAAAUUGCUAGUGUUUCAUUUGAAGUCCAAAAUUUCGAAAAUUAUGGCCAGAUGCUGUGGGUCGUUUGACGCCAAUUUAACGGGGUUAACAAGCCAUUCUUCGCGCUUCCCUGCACAAACACAAUACGAGGAAAGAAGAAUCGCCGGUUUAAAUAUCCUUGGCCAAUAAAAGCUAGAAAUACGGACGAAAAGAGGUUUAUAGCUUUCCUCAUCGAGGAUCGAAAUCGAACGCAUGAACUGCCAUGUUGGAAGUGUUCAACUUCUAUUUAGCUUAUACAAAGGGUUGAAUUUCAUUUAAAAUCCGCUGUACGGCUCACUGGUGAGUUCUUUUGCGUGACAACGAGGAUUUAUUUGGGAUUUUGUUGAAAGUUGCUAUUUUUUUUAAUUUAAGUGUGUGUUGGAUACAAUUAUUAGCACUUUUGAAGGAAUAAAUUAUGUUUUUAAUUAACUAUAAAUUAUAUUAAAGUUAGGAAGAGAAAGGUCGCGUUAGUCCGUGACUGUAUGAAAUUGGCGGGGAGUUUGAAAACGCAGGCUGAUCUGUGGCUAAUCUAAUGCACGAUAUUAACAACAACAAUUCGCCAACAAAUCUGCUCAAUUUAUUUGAAAAAACCUCAACAAUUCAUUCAUACUAUACAAGAUCAUCUAGUUCAGGUAACUUUCACGUCAAAAGCUCAAAGCUGGAAAUACACAAAAACUCCUUGCCUCGCUUUGGUGUAAAACUUUGGAAUGAGAUACCUUGUCAUAUUAGAGAUCUUCCUAAAAAGAAAUUUAGGAAAGUACUUGACAGAUUGCUUUCGGAUAUCUUAAAAAUAGAAGAUGACUAUAUUGAGACGCCCUUAAUAGUUGAAAAAGUUCGAUUAAUAGUUUAGUGAUUUCUAUAUUAAAGUAUUUGUUUGUUUGCUUGUUCAGAUUUAAUGUAAUUAAAAUAAAACUGUGAUAGAAUAUUAUUUAUUGUAACUUAAAAUUGUAGUUUUCCUUCCUUUUCCUUUCCUUUCUUUUCCUUUCAAUUUAUUUUUCUUUUAACUGGUUAGCAAUUGCUAUUUUGCGGGCCAGUCUAUUGUAACCAAUAGUCUUAUGAAAUAAAGUUGAAGUUGAAGUUGAAGUUGACAGGCGAAACUCUAUUGUUGCAAACGAUGUAAAGAAUUUUACUGUUUAUCACUGGAAAUUUUCUUAACAGGGCACAACUCAAGGGAGCCCUAACUUGAAUGCCCAGACUGGAACCAAGAGAAACACCUUCAUAAUAACAGGAGCUGUAGCUGGCGGUAUUCUGUUCAUCGCUUUGAUUUUUCUUAUCUUAUGGCGCUGUAACAACCCCAAGUAAGAUUCAGUUUUAACAAAUACAUACAACUUAUAAGGCGAGAGUGAGGUCAAUACAGGGAAAUCUCAAACAGAGGCCUGAGAUUUCCCUGUAAUGACCGAACGAACGGAAGGAGGUUAAUAAGGGUUAUUAUUAAAAAACUGCCAAGUGUCACGCCUAAGGCCUCAUUGUUACGCCUGCGGAUCGAAAACUUGGAUCUCACGCCUACUCACGCCUGUGUUCCGAUUUGUCACGCCUGGCAGAAACGUUUGAGCCAUUACAGCAUUAACUGACACAUUUUGAAAAAUAUAUUAACUAUUUAAACAAACCAGAACCAGAGAGAGACAAGAAAAGUCUAUGUGGAUGACCGACUUUCUCCGAAUUCUCUUUUUUCAGUAGGGAAGUCAAUGUUCCUUUGUGUUCCUGUGUUCGUGUUAGACGGAACUCUUCGUAACAUCUUCGGAAUGUCUUCGGAUAUCUUCGGAUAUGAUCGGACCCCUACGAAAAAUCUUGGCACUCUUAAGAUAAAAAAUGUCACGCCUAUAAAUGUAAAAAGGUUGGCAGGUACACAACAAGAUGGCCUUGUAAUUAUAGAACUGAGCCUGAAUUAAAUUAAAAUCAACAAUUGGUCAGCGGAUAACUAAAAAAAAAACGUCAUACAGUCAGGUGAUACUGGCCAGCGGAUACGUAUACCCUUUUUUACAGCUGUCAAUUGACCAUAACACUGAUGCCCAUGAGAAUGUCCACUAUCAAGUUAAACACAGAUUGUAAAUGCCUAAGACACCUUGCUAGUAAUGCCGGGCCAUUACAUGAAAACUGCCAAUCCAAGCGCGCCUAGUAUUGUAGCCACAUGAUAAAUGUAAUUAUUUACCAUCAUUAUCAAAGAAAGGCUAACUUGAAUCCCAUGCAAGGCAAUCCAAACAAGUCGUGGAUCCUAAAUUCUAAGCAGUGCAUUCCGGAUUCCAGGUACUGGAUACCACUGAGAUUCCUUGUCAGUGGAAUUCAAUCGUCAGCUGGAUUCCGGAUUCCUUGAGUUAACUUCUAGAUUCCAAAGCCCAGGAUUUCGCAUUCCGUGAACCAAUUUCGCCGAUCCCAGUAGUUCCAAAAGCAAAAAAUUCCCGGAUUGAAAUCGGAUUGCCUCACAAAGGCAGUGGGUAUGGUACAAUAAAACCUAAGAAAUCGUAUUCGAUCUCUUGCAUUGGAUAUAGGUUUUACUAGCUGAUUUCAAUGACUUGGAUGACACGUUUUCUUUCAGAAUGUAUUGUGCGUUUUUGACAAUAAAGUAUCGUUGUAUAUAAUGUAUCAAUCGUAUGGUUCUUUCCGACCUAACUGUUAAUAUUGUGGAAUGUUGAGCUAUGAAUGUUCUCCUUCUUUUAUUUUACAGAAAGCGGGAUCCUCCCCAUCAUCGUUUUGAAGGUAAACACUUACAUGUAAAUUUUUUGAAAUUUGUAUUUUCACUCAAUAAUACCCAGUAAGCGCUAUCUGGAAGUCUAACGAAUUACACUUUAAAGUAAUCCGGAAUUUUCCCGAAUAACUGACCGCAUUUUGGAAAGAAUCUCAGCUCUGGAGGUAUAUAAGCAUGUAUGGACAACAACGUUUAUAUUUUUCCACUAGAUGAGACAAGUAAAUGCUUGAAGGCCCUGUCCACACGUAUCCGGAUAUUUUUGAGUCCGCACCUUUUUCCAACUGGAUACGGCUUCCUUCCACACGUAUCGGUGAAUCCGGCAUACGAAUUAAUCCGCAAAUUUUUGAAUCCGCUCUUCAGAGUGGAAAGGGAGAAUCCGGUUUUUUAAUCCGGAAGGAAAAAGUUGCUGAUUCAAACAUAUCCGGAUACGUGUUGACGGAGCCUAAGAUGCGCGAAAUUACUAUCGUGUAAUGUUCGAAGUUGUACUUGUUUAAAUUUAAUUAUCCGAUUCAUUUUAAAGGCCAGGCGCAAGGUAUUAAUUCAGUUAUAGGGUAAAUAUGGGGUUGAAUUCUUGAAUGAGUGGCACAAUAUGUUGCAAAACUAAAUGCUAAGAUGACAUGAUUUUCGAGUAUUAAAUAAAUUGCUUAUCUCAAUUAUCAUACCAAAGCUAAAGACAACAAAAAGGUGGAAAAACGAAAUGAGAAAAUGUCAGCGCCUCCAGGUAUAAGACGAGCAUUUGCCGAUAGAUAUUUAGACUAUAAAUUAUAAGAUAUACCAUGUAUAGUUCACUGAUUAAGACUACCUAAAGGUACCAAGGAUAAAAAUAAGUGUCAAACAACUCUUACCAAUUUGUCAUGCCGCAAAAAAUUUGAAUUCCAUAUACAGUCUCGUUUCGGGUAGAAUUAGGUGGCAUUUUCCUCCAGCUACUCCUUUCCUCUUCUAUGGUAUUUACUUGUGAAUAAUUCGUUAAGGAAAGCCGCAUUCUGAGAGUAAACUUUCUAAGACAAUGGAACUCAGUGUACGACUCUUCAGUUCAAAUUUAUUUGCAUAAAGUACACGUUGUUUGUUUCGUCAACCUUUGUUUUUGAAUCGACCACGCACGCCCCUGCGCUUUUAGAGGGCAAUAUAUCAACCAAUAAUAGCAGUAAUGCAAAUUCCCCGAGGGGAGUUCUGAGGCCGCUCAAACACUGACAUAAAUCUUUAUUGGCAACAAAAGUACAUCAAUCCUCUGCCCCACCCCGCACCCAUCUCCUUUCUCAUGAAUCCCACUUGUGCAUGUUUAGCAAAUAAAUUAGAAAUUGAAGCACCAUUUAACUCAACAUUAUUUGUUCAGUAGGGUCAAUUUCCAGUCCAGUUAGCCCGGUGAGUCUAGUAGUUCUUUUUUACUUUCCUCUUAAAUAUUCUGGCAUAGAAUGUAUAAUGUUGUAGAAUUUCUUCUAGUUUUAAAAAUGUAUUUUAGUUACUAAAUGCAAGCCUCCUAGUUAUUUGUUCAUCACCCUGACAAGUUGAAGCAAAUGAGAAGAAAAGCGAAAAAAAAAGAAAAGAAAAAAAGAAGAAAAAAGUGUUAGGACCCUUCCUUAGAAGUAGUAAAGUUGUUGGAAUUGAGUUCUCUUUCGGGGCUGCAACAUAGAGAAGGGGGUGGGGAAGGGGGGUAGUAGUAUAGAGAGAGGAAUCCAAAGCCGAUGAACGGUUACAAAAUUAGUUGGAAGGCCUUUUUGUUAGUUCGUCAUUGUGCAUCACACUAGUCUGAUAGAGCAAUUGCUGUUCACUUUAGAUGAAUCGUCAUUCGAUUCCUGUUUACACGGACGCUGCUCAUCUUACACCAUAUGGAGAUUUCAGCAUGCGAACAAAUAGCAUAGGUAUUCUUUCUAUUUGCCAUAUAUAUAUUUUUAAUGAUCCAACUUACAUGCAUGAUAAGUUCCUGUGAUGAAAUAACGUGACAUAGAUAAAAAAAUAAAAAAUAAAUGUGACAUGAUGUAACUGAGGAAGCAUGAAAGGUGCUUAACUCGUUUUAAUAAUAUUACCCUUAUUAAAAUGAUGUUAACAUACACGUGAGCAAAGAGUUUUACGGAGUGAAUGAUAUAUACUAACUUCACACCAACCUUUUAUUUUGGUAGUGUGAUCUUCUUUAUCGGUCACGCGUUUGGACAUCACUUAACAACAACGACAACAUUACAACAACAACGAUAUUGAACAAAAAUAAAUUGUAAAUAACUUAAUGUUAACUAAAAGAAAACAGAACAUAAUGCCUAUUUGUUACAUAAUGUUUAAAAAGCUUGUUUUUCCGUUUUAAUAGAUUUUCGAAUACCCAGUGAAAUCCAAGGUUUGGACUUAAAUUAGAUUUCUUCUUAUUUACCUUUUCCAAAGGAGAAUUAAUGUUUAUCUUCGUUAAGAGAGUAAAUUAAAAACGAUCAUAUGUUUGAUCAAUGCCUUUUCUUUAAAGCAUUAAGUUUGCCGGGAAAUAUGUCUGAUAGAUAUUUGAACUAAUGUAAGCCUCUUGAUGAGCUGUGCCCGGGGGGGGGGGCACUUUAGGAAUUUCUGGGUGGGGAUGUGCCGCUGGGACCCUGGAACCCUUGACCUAUACCAGAGCUAGUUCAGCUGAAGUUUGCUACCCUAUACUAGAGUAAACUCCCAAAAUCCCCCUAUCCUAGAGUAGCUGUUUCCACAGUCUAGAUAAAAUCUUCGACCAACUGAUCAGUUUCCUGAAAAAUGAUACCCUAUUCUAGACCCAAACUCUCUGAUUUAUAUACCCUAUCCUAGAGUAAACUGCUUGAAAACCAUACCCUUCACAGCGGCACAGUACCCCCCCCCCCGGGAGCUGUGCUUCAUGCUGUGCUUUUGCUCAAAAUGCUCGUAAACUGCUACUUUAUCUUUCAAAUUAAGUUCGCGAACAUUAGAACAAGCGUUAUUUUAAGAAAAAAAAAACAAUUGAUUACUACGAAUUAUUCACAAACCGAAACGUGUUUUUUUCCUAAUGUUUAUUUUGAAAUACUCGAUCAAGCAAUUACUAUCGUUUCUCGUACGAACAUAAGGUCUUUAGCAUCACAUUAUGGUUGAUGUUGUCAAAUUUAAGUGCUAACAGCAGAAAACUACAAGGGCAAAUUCUGAUCUUAUAUCUUAUAUUAUUAACUUUUCUUUCCGGAAUUGUCGAAUUAAAAUUGUAACCACAUUAAUAAUCGUUUGGUCGAUAUUUUAAAUUCUCUUUGCCAGUACCACUUUCAACGAUACUGAAGCCGUUUGUCAGCGCUUUGCUUAGCUUUGCUUAUCUGGCAGUUCAAAUCGUUACAAUUCGUACGCAAGUGCUCCGUUUUAUUAAUCUAUUUUUUUUUAGAAAACCCAGCCUACAGGAGGGCCUCAGAUGGAGUGGUACUUGGUCCCCAAUACAGGCAUGGCUCUUUGUACUCUGAUAGCUUUCCAUAUGGGGCCCCACCCAGGCCGCCACAAGGAAAAGGAGGUAGCAUGAACGGACAAGUCAACCCAGCCCUUUCGAUGGAUGACGACGUCAUCACUAUGAACCCGCUAUAUGAAGGACAAGUUGUAGACCACAGGGAUCUUGACGAGCUUAACUGCAGUGAUUUUGCUGUUUACCCCGAGCAAAUUGUUCUUGAGGACCGCAAAAAUCCAUAUGGAGAAGGUAAUUUUCAAAGUUUUAGAAUAAUAUUGAUCCUUAAUAUCAAAUUGUUUAUUCUAAUGUUUAUUCUAAUGCUAAUUGCGCAAGUAAACGGCACGUGAAAAUGUUUACUCGAAAUAUAUAUCAGGAUUGUCUAAUUUUAAGACAAUGAAUAAAUAUUUUUAACAGCACGAAAUGAAAAUUGGUUGGAAAAAAAAACGUUUUUAGCUGCUCUAAUCCUCCAUGAAACUAAAACCUCCGGUGAAUAGGUAGCCUGCGUAGCAGGCGCUUGGAAGUAGCGGGCGAGAGAGAGAACGGGCGCGCGCGAGGGAGACACGCAUGUCUCCUUCUCGCGCGCCCGUUUUUUCUUGUGCCCACUACUUCCAAGCGCCUGCUACGCAGGCUAGUGAAUAGGUAAUUCUUUACUUUUCAAUUUUGGUGACGUCAAGAAUACCUUUCAAUUUUAAAAAAUAAAAAUACAUUGUUUAUUUGCUUUGAUAAUAUUAAUUAUGUAGUAGGGAAAAAAUUAAAGUGCAAAGAUUUGAAAAUUGAAGUGGUUUGAACGUGGGAUAAGACUGUAAUGAUCGUAUCUCUGUGGUAAGGGGUGAUGAAUUACACAUGUGGUUUCAAUUACGUGAAUAUAGUGUCUGCUUUUACCUGAAUAUAAUUUGAAUAGGAAUGAAGCCGAUAAAACCUUAUGGAACAAUAAUGAUAAUGGUAAUGCAAUGCUCAUGUUAAUGCUAAAGCUAAUGAUGAUGAGUUUUUUAUUAAAAAAAAAUACUUCGUGUUUUGCAGAAUUUGACCAGACAUACGACUGUCCUGAGGAAAUCCUUAACUCCAAGGCAAGAGUUCCAGAACCAGUACCUGUUUUCUAUGUACUAGAUGACCCUUACCCAGAAAGCAUUUCAAGCACGUUCGGGCACGGAGAGAAUGUUAGGGGACGCCCAGACGGAAACGUUUACGAUGAACCUGAGGUGGAUCUCACCCCUGACGGAUCGUUCAUUGUUAUGGACAGUCCAAGUGGUAUGUCAUCUCUUUAAGGCCGAAGAGUGACCAAAAUCAAUUUUCUCCUUGAAAUAUCAAUGCAUGAUCAAGUGAAAAGGAUGUGAGAAUUUAUAAAAUGAUCACCAGAGGAAAAUUGCUUUGAUCUUUUAUCAGUAUCUCUGAACUACUUCUUUUAAGAAAAGCGUGCAGCUCAGUCUGGAGAUUUUGUGUGUGGAUAUUAGGCUUAAAGUUAAAGGGUCAACCACUGUUGUAAAUAGGAAUACUUUCCAUGCACUGAUUGUGAAUUGCGUUAAGGAGGAAACGAUUAUCAAUUCACCAGAAAUCUCCACAAAACUAACGGAUUGGCUGUCCCCUUCUAGAGAAGGCUUUUUAUUGGAUGGAUAAUAAAUGCCAAGUAAUUUUGUUUUAAAGAAUGGCACGUACGUAUGUAUUUAAGCCAGAUCAAAUUUGAUCCUCCACUUUCGCUUUCAUAAUUACAAUGAAUAAUAGAAGAAACUAAAUUUCACAACGACAUAUUCCAAGCCGGUAAAGUUUAAUAUGAAAGAGUACUCUCGCCAACCACACAGAGGAUUGGUGGUGAAGAUAACCCAAUAUAACUUUAACACGCACAAGGACGUUUCGGUUUGCACUUAUUAUUUAAUGAAAUCUAACCGAAUCAGCUUAAAACUCGCCAGUUCUUCCUUAAAAGCAAGUAAUUCAUAAUCUCAUACAAAAAAAAGCAGUGAAAAAAUUACUCUUUUUUUUACAGAAUGCAUCCUCAUCUCCUUUUAUUUAUUUGUUUUGUUUUGUUUUUUUUCCUUUGCCUAGCCGUCGCCUAUACUCGUGGAUAUGACGACCAACCACGUGGCGAAGACUUACAGAAUAGGCGUAGAAGUCAGGGUAUCUUGAAGGUUGGCUCAGCGUCUCCGAGAGACCAAGGUUAUUACUCCCAAUCAAGCAAUGCUCGAAACUAGACAUUUACAACAACUCAAAUGAAUUCGUACUCGAACUAACAGUUUAUAGAAAGAAACUCUUUUAAAAUUGUCUGCUAGAAUUACUGAGAAAAGAGGCGGUGACUUGAGAAUCGCCUGCCGGCCAACAAGCUGCCGGGCAUUGAUCACCCGCAAAUAUCAAAGAAGAGUGUACAUAUGUGUUUCUGAUUCUCCAUUUUAGUGGUUUAUGCCGGAGUGUGUUUACCAUCGGUUUGACGUAACGUGAAACGUUUUUCUAUAUGAUUAAAUGGUAUUCCCAAAAUUCAACCCUGUUUCUUCUGAAAGUGCCGAUUUGCACAUGUUUUUUUUUUUUCAAAAGUAAUGUAUGACAAUUUAGUUACGAACACCGUUUACUUACUUAACAUAGUUAUCUAGAAAUCUUUGAACACUGCUCCAGGGUAAAAAAAAUCUGUAGCUCAAUUCAAUGGUCCUAUAAAACUAUGUAGCCAAAUAAUAGUUAUUAUUAGAAUUUUCAAACGUUGUCCUAUUAAUAGCCAAUAAUACUUUAUUGUUAAUACCAACAUUGUGGACUAUGCUAUAUUAUUUGUUAAAGUAACAACAGCUGUAAGAACAAAAUCAUGGACGCCCCUUUUUACUGUUCCCAAAGCUAAGAGGAAGCAAUAUUUGAGUUUAACAGUCUUUAUCUAGUUUGUUUGCAUAAUAAAAAUCUUCUAAUGGCGAGCUGUCUCUGUCAUAUGUAUUCACAAAACAAUUACACACUCGGCUGUGGGUUUAAAUAUAUGUUUAUAGGGGUGUAAUGAAUUGGAAACGUGCACCUGAACUCAUUGAAUAUCUAUUGAUGUACCCCCUAAUCCUCCCAAAAUUGAUGAAAAAGUUAAUAUAUUCUGAGAAUAUAUUCUUUUGGUGUAAUAUUCUCCCUCUUGGAAAGUCUGCCGUUACUUUAAUGCCAGGACUAAAACUUUGCUUGAAUUUAGCUGCAACGAUUACCGAUUUCAAAUCCUUCGGCUCCUAUUCUUGCAACCUUAUGAAGCAACGUCUGUGUGAGUAGCUUACCUCACCGAUGUAGAAUUGCAUUGGGAGGGGCCGGGGGUGCCCGGCCCCCUUUACUUUUAGACCUAACUGAGGUCCUAAGGGC